UGUGGUUUCUGUUUCUGUCAGACAGUUCAUUGUCAUUGAUAAGGUUGUUAUGUUAUCAUUAUCAGCUGUGUUGUUUGAGUUCAGUGCCCAUUGCCCCCAGUAGAGUUACUAUUUUCCAUGAACUUUAGAGUUUAAUAAACAUGAGGAAAGUGCUCCCUGUUAUCUCAAGAAAACUUUCGCACGUGUGUAGUUUGAAACCGUAUAAGGAGACGAAAUGGUUGAUGCCAAAUGGGAAUCCCACUGGAGCGUACAUUUACAACUGUGUCGCAGAUCAAAAAGUUCCUGUGAUUCUGAAUGACCCUCACAUCGCUACUUGGUAUUCCUGUGGACCGACAGUAUACGACUCUGCUCACAUAGGCCACGCCAGCUGCUAUGUAAAACUAGACAUCAUCCAGCGAAUCAUAAAAUCAUUUUUCAACAUAAAACUUGUGACGGCGAUGGGAAUAACCGAUAUCGAUGACAAAAUCAUCAAAAAAGCCCUCGAAACGAAAACAAACUUUCAAAACAUCGCUAAAGAAUACGAACACGAGUUUUGGCUCGACAUGUCUUCUCUAAACAUUGAGAAACCUGUAAUUAUUACCAGAGUAUCAGAACAUAUGAACUCUAUUUCAAGUUUCGUGCAACAACUUAUUGACAAAGAUAUGGCUUAUGUGACUAUGGAUGGGUCAGUUUAUUUUGACACAACCAAAUAUCCUGCGUAUGGUAAAUUACAAAGACCUCAAAUUGAAGGUGAGGCAGCUAAUGAAGAAAAGAGGAAUAAAACUGAUUUUGCUUUAUGGAAAGGUUAUAAGCCUAAUGAACCUUCUUGGGAUGUGCCUUGGGGAAAGGGUAGGCCUGGAUGGCACAUUGAAUGCUCUGCAAUGGUCAGUAAAGUGUUUGGGUCACAAAUAGACUUCCAUGCAGGAGGCAUUGACCUUCAGUUCCCACACCAUGAGAAUGAGGAAGCUCAGUCAUGUGCUUACCACAACACAAGGCAGUGGGCCAACUACUGGAUCCAUGUUGGCCACCUACAUGUGAAAGGAGAUACAAAAAUGUCCAAAUCUUUGAAAAAUACAAUAACAAUACCAGAAUUACUAGAAUCGUACAGUGCUGAUGUGUUCAGGAUGGCCUGCCUAACUUCCAGUUACCGGUAUCCAAUGGAAUACAGUCCAGAAGUUAUGAAAACAGCUGAAGAAGUUCUAAACAAAUUUAAAUUCUUCCUCAAAGACGCAUUUAUUUAUGUCAAUAACAAUGCAGUGAGUAAUGGAGAUUACAAAGAUAAGAUAUUGGAUGAUUUACAGAAAGUCGAGGAGGCUAAUAUUGAGGCACUGAAAUCUGAUUUUAAUACUGCAACUUGUAUUAAUAAUCUCUUGUCAUUAGUUAGCGACGCAAACAGAGUUAUCAAAGCUGAUACUUCAGAAUAUUAUCCAGUACCUAUUGUGUUAAUAGCUGAUUAUAUAACAAGUAUGUUGACUGGAUUUGGGAUGAAGCUUCAAGAGUCAGCACAAGACAGCGUACUAUCAAACUCAUUAAUAGACACACUCGUUGAAUUUAGACAUACAGUGAGAUUGAAUGCUCUAUCACGAAAGGAUCAAGAGGUAUUGCAAGCCUGCGAUAUUGUUAGAGAUAAAAUGAAGAAAAUCAAAGUACAGAUCAAUGAUAGCAAUAAAAUGUCUUCUUGGGUUUCUACGUAACAGAUUUUAAAGGUUUUGUAAAACUAGAUAUAUGUACUGUUGUUUAAUGAUAGUAAAUUACUUUUUUUUAUUCAUUUAUUUCAGGCAACUUUGGUCUUUGACUUAUAAUUAUUGACUAUUGGUAUUUAUACGUAAAAUCAUUGAAUCAGUUUUAUCAUUUGUCAUGUGACCACAUUGAUAGACUAUAAAACUGUCAAUAAAUAUAAUUGACCUUGGUAAAAUUGUUAUCAAGUGGUUUUAUUACUGAGCUUUAUUCUAUAUUUUGUGAUCAAUAACUUACCUAAUCUACUACUAACGUUACUAAUAUUAAAAUAAAAAUAUAUCACCACUGUUCA